GUUUUGACCUAUAUGUCCUUAGGAUGUGUGCUUUCCGUGGGUUUGUUUGUCAAAAUGAAAGUGAAGAGGGGUGGGUAUACCACUGGAACCAACAGUUGCCCAUCUUUCCCGAAUGUGAGGUCAACAUUGUGUUUCCUAUCUCUCUUACUAUCUUCUCACUCUUGGUACUGUUGCCGUAUGCUAUUUUCCUACUGGUUUCAAAGUCAAACUCUAGCCGCUUGGUAUCGUGCUUAUAUCUAUGUAAAAUGGACCUGGUUCUUGUUUGCUUACUUUUGAAUGCCAUUCGGGUUGUUUACGUUGUCUCAGAAACUAGAAACUUUGCCGUUGGAUCGUUUGUUGGGCCGUCAUCUGUGUCAUUUUCUCUCAUUUUGUACAUUAUAGUUAUGCACUAUGAACGUAAACGGAACUCAAUGAACUCGGGAGUGUGCUUCUUCUAUCUAUUAUUGCUAAACGUUGUAUGGAUAUGUGCAUGUUGGAAUCAUACUAUUCAUUAUAUAAAGUGA